AUGGAUUUAUCGUCAUCGUUGUCAAGCAAUUCAACACCAGCUCAAGCAAUUAAUCGACAACUUGAUACCGAAAUUAUUAUUAUUGGUAAUGGUCCAGCUGCUUUAUCAUUAUCAGCAUUUCUUUCUGGUUGGUUGCCGUUUUAUCGACCGCGUAAAGAGCAUCCGAAUUUGGCGAUACAUCAGAAAUUAAUGGAACAUAUCGACGAGUCUUUGAUUGAUCAAGAUCUUACUUGGCUUGAUGAUAUUGUUCGUGAAUAUGGUGUUCAUGGAUUGUCUAUACUUUACGAUAGUUUAGCUAGGCCUAAUUGUGAUAACGAAUCAAUCGACGAAUCACUAUUACGGUGGAUCUAUGAUCCAAACCGAGCAGUUCCUCAUUUACUUGUUGCAGCUUCGUCCGUUGGAGGUGCUUGGAAUAACUAUAGCAACGAAACACUUACUGUUAGUACCAGUUCAUUUCUUGAUUUGCCUGUUCUUUCAAUCAAAAAUUGGUUGAAAAAGGAAAAAUUGUGCUCCAGGCUUCCUGCAUCGCUUAUUUGUAAAUAUUUUGUUGCUUACGCAAAGAUUAUGGGUCUUAACAAUAGAAUAAUUUCCAAUGUAAGGAUUACGCACAUUUCGAAAUGUUUUGGCCGUAUUCCUGGCAAUGAAUUUUGGGAAAUUCGCGGUACAAAAUUCGAUGAACCAUUAAUAUUUCAUUGUAGAAAAGUAGUACUUGCAUGCGGCAAAAAUCAGCAUAGGAAAUUAGGAAUUGAGAAUUUCUUUGGCGAUAUGCGGGUUGUAUAUGAUAUCUCUGGUCUAAGCGCAAAAUUAUCAUCAUUUUAUCCUGAUCAUUUGAUUAAUGAUAAAGUGAUUGUGAUUGGUGAUGGUAUGAGCGCAGCAGACGCCGUUCUUUUUUGCCUCAAAGCAAAUGUACCAGUCUUACAUGUCAUAAGACGGUCGGAGCAGCAGAUAAAAUUGAUUCAACUUGCACAUCUUUCUCCGUCUUUAUAUCCUGAAUACACUAAAAUAUACAGAUUGAUGACUGGAAAACAAUCUAAUCCUCUCUAUAGAAAAUUAACAAAUUCGCAAAUAAUUGCGUUCGACAGUAAUAUUGCAUUGUUGAAAACUCCAGAUGGUUUAAAAUCGGAAAAUUUCUCAAUCAUAUGUGCAUGUAUAGGAAGAUGUACGGAUUUAUCAAUGUUGUCAGAAGAAUAUUUCUUUGAUAAUUAUUAUUGCUUAAAUGACCAGGCUCUUUUUCGAGUCGGCUCACUUGCAGGCGAUCAUUUUGUCCGUUAUAUCGUUGGAGGCUCAUUGCAAGUUGCGAAAUAUUUAUUGUGUACUUCGUGA